AUCAUCCUACUUUCUCUAGGGCUUAUAUCAAGUACUGUCCCUCUCUGUCAGCACCGAAACAGUCACAGAGCCUACAGAGAGACAGAGAGAGAGAGAAAUUAUGGAUUCGUUUUCUUCACAUUCAAGUGUGGGAUCUGGGUCACCCCAAAUUUCAGAUGAAGACUUGAAGGACCAGUUAAAGAAUCAACUUGCACAAGCUUAUGCCCAGGAGUUCCUUGAGAUGGAAAAUCCUCAAAUUCAAAAUGCUUUAUCCACAGGCACUACACCAACAUCAACAAAUUCUCCAACUUCAAAAACUAACGCAGAAUCAACCACUGCAGGAUCCACCACAGAUACAAAAGGUAAACAACCUCAAGUCCUUACAUCAAGGAAAAGAAAUGCUGAUGAUAAAAAAAAAUCACAAAUUUGGGAUCACUUUACAAAACUUGAUGUUGAUCCUAAAGCCCCUAAAGGUGAAUGUAAUUAUUGUGGGAAACAUGUUGCAUGUCAUACUAUUGUUAAUGGCACAAGUAAUAUGUGGAGUCAUUUAAAAGUGUGCAAAAAGUUUCCUUUUGUGGUUGAUAAGAAACAAAAGGUUUUGGUAUUAGAACCUAAGAUAGAGAAGGGUGAAUUGGGAGAACAAAAUGUGGGAACUCUUAAGGCAAUAUGUUAUAAUUAUGAUGAAUGUAGACAAGCACUAGCAAAGAUGGUUAUAAUUGAUGAGUUGCCUUUUAAUUUUGUGGAGGGUUGGGGAUUUAAAUUGUUUGCUAGGACUAUGCAACCUAGAUUUGUCAUUCCUUCUCGUUUCACUAUUAUGAGAGAUUGUUUGAAGCUUUAUGUUGAAGAGAAGGAUAGAUUGAGGACAGCUCUUAGGGGUCAACGAUUGUGCUUAACAACAGAUACAUGGACAUCAAUCCAAAAUAUUAACUAUAUGUGUUUAACAGCUCAUUGGAUUGAUAAUGAGUGGAAUUUGCAUAAAAGAAUUCUCAAUUUUUGUCAAGUUUCCAAUCAUAUGGGUGAGACAAUUGGUCAAGUUAUUGAGAAUUGUAUGUUAGAGUGGGGGAUUGAUAAAGUUUUGACUGUUACAGUAGAUAAUGCAAGCUCUAAUAAUGUGACUAUUUCAUUUUUGAAAAAUGUGAUGAAAGAUUGGCCAACUAAUAUAUUGUCAAAUGAGCAUUUGCAUGUUAGAUGUUGUGCACACAUUGUAAACCUCAUUGUGUGUGAUGUCUUGAAAGAGAUUAAUGUUUCAGUUGUUAAGAUUCGAAAUGCAAUUAGGUUUGUGAGAUCUUCACCGUCGAGGCAACUUGCAUUUAAGAAGUGUGCAGAAAAGUUGCAUAUAGAGUGUAAGAAAUCAUUGUGUUUAGAUGUUGCAACUCGAUGGAAUUCAACUUAUCUUAUGCUAGAAGCUGCUGAAAAGUUUGAAAAGGUGUUUGUAAGGUUAGCUGAAAAAGAACCUAGGUAUAUGAGUUACUUUUUGGAGGUUGAUUCAAAGGGGAAUAAAAAAAACAUAGGGCCACCUAGUUUGGAGGAUUGGAAAAAUGCUAGAACUUUGGUGAAGUUCUUAAAGAUCUUUUAUAUGGUUACAUUGAGAUUUUCUGGCUCAUUGCAUGUCACAUCAAAUUCUUUCUUCAAUGAAUUAAUUUACAUGCAUACAAACUUGUUGCAAUUGUGUAAAAACAAAGACAAUAUUUUAAGUGGAAUGGCGAUGAAUAUGAUGUUAAAGUUUGAGAAGUAUUGGGGUUUUGAAGGAAAUCAGAAUUUUUUGUUAUACGUGGCUAAUGUCUUAGAUCCACGUUUCAAGUUGAAAUAUGUGAAAUUUUGUUUUGGUGAUUUGUAUGAUUAUGACAAAGCACAAUUGCUAACAAAUAAGGUGAAAGAUGUUUUGGUGAGCUUGUAUGAGUUUUAUUUGAAAAUUGAUGAAGUGGUGGAUAAUAAUAGGCAUAAACAAGAUGUUAAUGUUAUUGAUGAUGUGGAGGUAGAUGUUGACAUUUUGGCUCAGUUCAAAAGAUAUUUACAGGAGAUGGAUAGAGUGGAAAAUAAAAAUGAGGUUGAGAGGUAUUUGAUUGAUAGUUGUGAGGAUCCUAAUAAUGAUAAGUUAGAUAUUUUGGGUUGGUGGAAGAGUAAUUCUUUGAGAUAUAAGACACUUUCAAAGGUUGCACAACAUGUUCUGGCUAUUCCUAUAUCCACAGUGGCUUCUGAAUCAGCAUUUAGCACAGGUGGUCGUGUACUCGAUCAGUUUCGAAGUUCUCUACCUUCAGCAACUGUUCAAGCACUCAUUUGUUGUCAAAAUUGGUUGCAUCAUGGAUCAAUUCCAACUGAUAUUAGAAGCUUGAUAAAUGAUCUUGAAACCUACAAAAACCUUGAGUCAGAAUUUGGUGGAAAGUUACAUCUAGCAACGGAUGAUAAUUAGUUCAAAAGUUACUUUGAUGGUUUUGAUGUCAAUAGUAUUAAGGAAUCAAAGUGUAAUGUUCUUGCCAUCUUGAUGUGCUUUUCGAUUAGGAUGAUGUGCACAAUGAAGAUUUAUAUUUUUUGCAUAAAGUGUUUUAUUUUUUAUGGCAAGGUUAUUUGUUGUUUCUUUUUAAGACCUUUUGAAGGUGAUGCUUUGUAAUUUAAAUUUUAACUUGGUGUGUGUGUUAUUUAAA